AUGUCAGCUAAAAAGAGUGGGCUAAAUAGAAAAGUUCCACAGUUUUCUGUUCCUUUACCUCCAAGCUCCUUACAACAAAGAUCUCAAAACACAUAUAGCUCAUACCCCUAUAUAGAUUUCUUUAUCGAGAAAAAUGUAAUGGACUCUUGAACGAGCAAACAGACUCUCUCAAAUAGAUGAACUCUAUCUCUAUAUCAGGAAGUGUUAAAAAGUGGCAUGUCAAAAAAUGGUGACAAGUGUGAAAAAGUUGACAUGCAAACGCGCCAAUUUUAAAAAUGGCUUUUAUUAUUAAAUUAAUUUAAAAUUAAAGAUACCCAAUCAAACUGAGAUUAAUUAAUAUUUUUAGAUAUAUUUUUACAUUUGUUCGAUAAAUGAGGCUUAGUUUUUUAAAAAAUUAUUUGUUCGAUAAAUGGGGCUUAUUUUUUAAAAAAUUAAUGCAAAUAUAACGAACAAAAGUUAAUUGCGGAAACGAGAUCAAUAUGAUGCAAGAGUACUCAAAAGAAUUUCAUUGGGAAAAUAAAAGUUCAAGUAAAAUAAUAGAGAUUUGCAGUGGUUUGAAGAACAGAUGGUCCAUCGCUGUUUGCUCCGCGCCAGGAGACAUUUUUUGUUUGAUUAAAGGGGCUUAUUUAUAGAAAAAUUAUUUGUUCAAAAAAGGGCCUUAUUUUUUAAAAAUUAGUAAAAUAUAAUGAACAAAAAGGGAUUUGCGAAAAUGAAUUCAAUAUGAUGCAAGAGGACUCAAAAGAAUUUCAUUGGGAAAAUAAAUAUUUAAGUAAAAUAAUAGAGAUUUGAAGUUUUAUUCUAGACUUAGUGCUCAAUCGCUGUUUGCUCCGCGCUAGGAGACUUAUUUUGUUCGUUUAAAGGGGCUUUUUAUAAAAAAUUAUUUGUUCGAUAAAUUAAAAAUUAAUAAAAAAAAUAACGAACAAAAAUAAAGAGCGAAAACGAGUUUAAUAUGAUGCAAGAGGACUCAAAAGAAUUUCAUUGGGAAAAUAAAAAUUCAAGUCAAAUGAUAACGAUUUGCAGUGGUUUGAAGGGAAGAUGUCGCAUCGCUGUUUGCUCCGCGCUAGGAGACUUUAUUUUGUUCGUUAAAGGGGCUUAUUUUAUAAAAAAAUUAUUUGUUCGAUAAAUUAAAAAUUAAUAAAAUAAUAACGAACAAAAAUGAAGAGCGAAAACGAGUUUAAUAUGAUGCAAGAGGACUCAAAAAGAAUUUCAUUGGGAAAGUAAAUAUUGAAGUCAAAUAAUAGAGAUUUGCACUGAUUUGAAGGACAGAUACUCCAUCGCUGUUUGCUCCGCGCUAGGAGACAUAUUUUGUUCGAUUAAGGGUAUUUAUAUUUUUAAAAAUUAUUUGUUCGAUAAAAAACAAAUAAUAUAAAAAUAAUGAACAAAAAGUGAGUCGCGAAAGUUAGUUUAAUAUGAUUCAAGAGAACUCAAAAGAAUUUCAUUGGGCAAAUAAAAAUUUAAGUCAAAUAAUAAUGAUUUGCAGUAGUUUGAAGGAAAGAUGUUGCAUCGCUGUUUGCUCCUCGCUAGAAGACAUUUUUUGUUAUUUGUUCGAUAAAUAAAAAAAUUUAUAAAAUAAUAACGAACAAAAAUAAAGAACGAAAACGAGUUUAAUAUGAUGCAAGAGGACUCAAAAGAAUUUCAUUGGGAAAAUAAAAAUUCAAGUCAAAUGAUAACGAUUUGCAGUGGUUUGAAGGGAAGAUGUUGCAUCGCUGUUUGCUCCGCGCUAGGAAACUUAUUUUGUUCGUUAAAGGGGCUUAUUUAUAGAAAAAUUAUUUAUUCGAUAAAUUAAAAAUUAAUAAAAAUAUAACAAGCAAAGUGAGUUGCUGAAUCUAAUUCAAUAUGAUGCAAGAGGACUCAAAAGAAUUUCAUUGGGAAAGUAAAUAUUGAAGUUAAAUAAUAGAGAUUUGCACUGAUUUGAAGGAAAGAUGUCGCAUCGCUAUUUGCUCCGUGUUAGGAGACUUAUUUUGUUCGUUAAAGAGGCUUAUUAUAAAAAAUUAUUUGUUCGAUAAAUUAAAAAUUAAUAAAAUAAUAACGAACAAAAAUGAAGAGCGAAAACGAGUUUAAUAUGAUGCAAGAGGACUCAAAAGAAUUUCAUUGGGAAAAUAAAAAUUUAAGUCAAAUGAUAAUGAUUUGCAGUGGUUUGAAUGAAAUAUGUUGCAUCGCUGUUUGCUCCGCGCUAGGAGACUUAUUUUGUUCGUUAAAGGGGCUUAUUUUAUAAAAAAUUAUUUGUUCGAUAAAUUAAAAAUUAAUAAAAAAAUAACGAACAAAAAUAAAGAGCGAAAACGAGUUUAAUAUGAUGCAAGAGGACUCAAAAGAAUUUCAUUGGGAAAAUAAAAAUUCAAGUCAAAUGAUGACGAUUUGCAGUGGUUUGAAGGGAAGAUGUUGCAUCGCUGUUUGCUCCGCGCUAGGAGACUUAUUUUGUUCGUUAAAGGGGCUUAUUAUAAAAAAUUAUUUGUUCGAUAAAUUAAAAAUUAAUAAAAUAAUAACGAACAAAAAUGAAGAGCGAAAACGAGUUUAAUAUGAUGCAAGAGGACUCAAAAGAAUUUCAUUGGGAAAAUAAAAAUUUAAGUCAAAUGAUAACGAUUUGCAGUGAUUUGAAUGAAAGAUGUUGCAUCGCUGUUUGCUCCGCGCUAGGAGACAUUUUUUGUUCGAUAAAGAGCACUUAUUUUUAAAAAAUUAUUUGUUCGAUAAAUAAAAAAUUAAUAAAAAUAUAACAAGCAAAGUGAGUUGCUGAAUCUAGUUUAAUAUGAUGCAAGAGUACUCAAAAGAAUUUCAUUGGGCAAAUAAAAAAUUUAAGUCAAAUAAUAGAGAUUUGCAGUGGUUUGAAGGGCAGAUGCUCCAUCGCUGUUUGCUUCGUGCCAGGAGACUUUUUUUGUUCGAUGAAGGGCUUAUUUUUUAAAAAAUUAUUUGUUCGAUAAAUGGGAUUAUUUUUAAAAAAUUUAAUAAAAAUAUAACGAGCAAAGACAAAGUAACAAAAUCAAGUUCAAUAUAACGCAAGAGGACUCAAAAGAAUUUCAUUGGGCAAAUAAAAAUUCAAGUCAAAUAAUAGAGAUUUGCAAUGGUUUGCAGAUCAGAUGCUUCAUCGCUGUUUGCUCGGCGCCAGGAGGCAUUUUACAUUUGGUCGAUAAAGGGGGCUUAUUUUAUAAAAAUUAAUUAAAAUAAUCCCAUAUUUAUUAAAAGAUAUUUAUCAAGAAAUUAAAUUUUAAAAAUUGGCGCGUUUGCUUGUCAACUUUUUUUUACACUUGUCACCAUUUUUUGACAUGUCACUUUUUAACUCUUUCUGUUAUACAAAUCAAGCUCAUUUCUUUGAGCGAAUCUUUCUUGGUCGUUCAAUAAUCCAUUACAUUUUGUUCGAUAUAGAAAUCUAUAUAGGGGUAUGAGCUAUAUAGGCUUACUCCAGAUUUAUUACUAAUGGAUCGUGAAAGUGCAAAAAGUGAUAAUUAUUUCAAUACAAUGGAAAUAUACUCAAUGCCUGAAACUGCUAAACUAACUGUUCAAAAUCCGCCAACUAUGCAAGAUUUCAUGAGACAAACGACAGAAAUUGGUGAAGAAAUAAAACAAAUUUCUGAGCUUUUCAAGCAGAUUUCUCCUCAGAGAUCAAAAAAGGCCAAGACACUUAAAGAUGAUGAAGAAAUCGUAUGAGAAGAUAUUGAUAAAAUUCUGGUGCAGAACUCAAUACAGCCUUUAUCAAUGGUAGCAGAUAGCGAUCCUCCAGUUCCUGAAUACUCAUCUCUUGCUAGCACUGUAGUCAGCCUAGCUAGAUUAGUUUCUCAAUCACCUUACAUUCAAGAUUCCCUCAAAUACAACAAUUCAAUUGUUUCUGAACUUAGGGCUGAUGUCACGAAGCUUAAAAAAGAAAAUAAGUCACUUAGGCAUGAGCUUAGAAAGAUAAAAUCAGAAAAAGUCUCUCUUUUAGAAGAAAACAUGAAAUUAAAAAGCAACACAGAAAUGGUCUCAAGAAAUGAAGGCGAAAUCUUCAAGACGUUUAUACAUAGAAGCUUUGACCCAAACCAUUACACAGAUAGAAAAAUUAUGUCGCUAAUUAGCAUGUAUGAGAAAAAUAAACUUGAGUUUGAAAAGGAGUUAAUUGAUUUAAAAAGUCAAAUUUUAGCAUAUCGCUCUCAAGAAGCAUAUUCGAAUAGAAGCAGUGCUCAAUAUGAUUGAAAUGCUACCCGAAGCAGCACCAAUUCUCCAGAUUUUUUGAAUAAUUCGUUGAAAUCGAUUUUUGAAGUACUCACAGUAUAGCGUAGACGCGCUUUAGCGUGCCCUUUAGCUAAAUCUUUAAAGAAACUUGAAGCCUUGAGUUGCUCCAUUCAAGUGGAGAGCCAAUAAAGUUGAUAAAUUCACACAUAAGGAUCUGGCUCUGUUAUAGCGCUUUCCCGAGGAUGGCGCGGAAUGGCGCCAUCCUCGGGAAAGCCAGGAAGGCAUCCACACGGGAACUGGGAGUUCCACGUGUGGAUGCCAUUUUGACAUGUGGAAGUUGGAUCCCACAUGUCAAAAAUGGCAUCCACACGUGGAACUCCCAGUUCCCGUGUGGAUGCUUAGUUGACUUUCCCGAGGAUGGCGCCAUUCCGCGCCAUCCUCGGGAAAGCGCUAUAACUUGGAUUUUAUGAAUCAAUAAAGGUUAUGUGCCAAAACUCCAGGUUGCAAAGCAACUGCAAGACGUAAGAGUACACUAAAAGUGUGUCCACACUAUAUCAAAUACACAAGAAGCACUUCAUUCAAUUGAAAAAAUGCAAGAUGUUAUCAAAGUUAUCCCGAAUAUUGAAAAAUUUGUAAGCCUAGUAUAUAAUGAACUACUUCCAUCAUCAUCAUCAUCCUCUAAUACACAUGACAUUGGAUUUUAUAUGGAACGAAUCAUCCCAAGUAUCAGAUCUAUGAAAAAUUCUCUAGACUCUGCUAAAAAAUUAAGACAAAUUUUAUGCGAAAAUUUGGAUUUAUCACCAGACACUACUGAUGAGGUUAUUGUAAAAUUUAUUUAGGUUGAUAAAACGCUGGCUAUUAAACGGUUGAUGCUGAAAAUACCCACAGCAGAGUAUUUUCAGCAAUAUUUCUAAAAUUAAAAAUAUAUACAAAAUUGGGGUUUCGAGGUAUUUUCAGCUAGGGAAAAUUAUUUUGAAAUUUUGGAUUUUUAGUCCGUUUGAGUCUUUAUAAAUAUAUUUUUUGUACCUUAGAAUCAGCAAUGAAAAACUCUACUGGACAUUUUCGAAUUAAACCUUAUUAAACACUUUAGGAAAUUAUUCGGAGAAACUGAAAACGAUUUAGAAAACAUUGAAGAAGUUUAUAUCUUUGUAUAUGAAAUGAAAAACUUUUUGAGUGUAAUAUAUAUUCAGCAUACAAAAGAAUUGUUAGGUACGAAAAAUGACAUCUCAAUCAAUCUAUUAAUAAAUGAAAUCAUCGCUAAAUUAACUGAUAAUUAA